GGAGCAGCAGGGGGAAACGUCUAGGAGACACAAGAGUAGAUGGUCCUCCAAAGAGCACCUCUGCCACUUCUACUGGAUCCCUCUGAAAGAUGAGGAGAGAGAAAGACGCACGUUGAGAGACAUCCUCCAUGGAGCAUGAUGGGACUCUGAAGCGUUGCGGUCGAGGUGUCUUGUGACCCCAGACAUUUGCAUCGCUAACUUUGCUGGAAAGCUGGCAUGGAACAACACGGACAUCUCUGAGACAACAUUAUAAGAGUACAAAGUUAUUUAGGUCAGGAACUCUUUUAAAGGAACCAACUGAAGACGAGAAGGAAGGUUUUGUUCCCAAGUAGUGAAGGUUGCUAGAAGAAGAAAAGCCAUGGAUGUAGCUACAGAAGGUUCUCAGGGAGUUGCGGUUAGCAAGGCUCACAAGGAUCAGUUCAAGACCACGGUGCAGGCCGCCAUACGGGAAGUACACGUGGAUGUAAGUGCCUUCAAGCAACGCAUAGAGCAGAGGAUCGACGAGCUGUGCGUUUCCAAUGGACCCUUGGCCGCGGCGGUGGCCCGUCUGGAAGAGGAGAACCAGCAGCUCAGGGCGCAGCUGGAGGCCCUCAGCCGCCUGGUGGAGGGUCUCGUUGGAGUAAAAGUGGAGAGUCGCCGCGCCGAGGCGAAGAGUAAGGUUGUGGGGGAGAGUAUAGAGAAUGGACAUGUGCAAGUAUCAAGUGGCCAGACCCAGGAAGAGAAGAGGCAUUUGCUUUAUUCUGGAAGGUCAGAGGAAAGUCUGUCGAGUCGGUCCACGUCCACAUUAUCGGAGCUGUCCGUGUGCAGUGAAGGAUCCAGCUAUGCUGCCGCUGUUGCCAGAAACACCACCGCUGCCCCUCCAUGGAGAGCAAAGAGACAAAGUGACAUCAAUGGAGCAGACACUAAAGGAGAGAGAAAGUUCACUGCCGCUGCACAAGAGAAUGAAUGUUCACCAGUGGACUGUGACGCGGCACAGGCGUCUGGAGCUGUUCCUCAGUCUCACCAGCCUCUCACUGCCGUCACAAAACCAAACCCAGAGACAGAGUCUGCCACGAUUCACACACAGGAAACGCCCAGAGCAUCUGACCAGGAAACACCAGGUCCUCUGACCAAACCUCAUCUUCCUCUCACUGCAGUGAUGAAGGUCACCUCUGAAGCGCCAUCUCUUCACCAGGCUCCUGCCUCCGUUUCCAAAGCAACGAAAGAAACUCCAGUGGAGCCCUCUGCUGAUGUUGAUGAACCUAAGCCACAUCUGCCUGUCACUGCCAUGAAAACCAAACCCACUCCUGAGGCUCCGCCUACAACCAAUCCUGCUCAAACUACAUCUUCAGUGACAAAAACAACUGAGGCUUCCACGGUGGAGGCAGGAGAGAGUUUGUCCACUAGAGCCGUGUCUGGAGUGAAAGUCUCUCAGGAUCAACCAGGUUCUGGGUCUCAGGCACAUUUUCCCCUCACGGCUGUGACCAGAAGCAGCUCUGAGACACCUGCUCCAGCUAAAUCUGACACAAGUCCUGGUUCUGCUCUGAAUCCUUCAGUGCCAGACUCCCCGACAAUGAAACGAGGAGAAUAUCCAUUCAGACGUGACGUCGGUGAACCUAAGCCACUGUUGCCUCUCUCUGCCAUGUCCAAACCCAACACAGAGUCUUCAUCAUCAACAUCAGCAGCUACAUCAGCUCAGUCUGUGACUUUGUCAGCAUCACAGGACUCAAUAGUAAAAUCUGGGGAAUAUCCCUUUAAGCGGGCACCAGUUCUGAAAACACAGAGUCCGAGUCUGAAGAGAAGUGUGAGUUUCCCUCAGUCUGCAGAAAAGUUACUUCCCUCCAAAUCAAUCAUAAAAUCCGGUUUCUCACCAAGUCUGGACAAGAAAAUGAACAAACCAGCAUCUGUUGAGUUUAAACAGGAUCUCAUGAAAUCACAGACACUUCCCCGCGCUAACGGGGCUCAGGCCAAACGGGCUCUUUUUGAGAGGAUGAACUCGGAGCCGACCAAGCCUAAAGACCCGAAGCCUAAACUGAAGCGCUCUCAGAGUUUCGGUAUGUCCAGUGCCAGCGGCAUCAAACAAAUUCUACUGGAGUGGUGCCGCUCGAAAACCAUUGGCUAUCAGAACAUUGACAUUCAGAACUUCUCGUCCAGCUGGAGUGAUGGGAUGGCUUUUUGUGCUCUGGUUCACUCCUUCUUCCCUCUGGAGUUUGAUUACAACAAGCUGGACCCCACAAACCGCAAACACAACCUGUCGCUGGCUUUCACCACUGCAGAGGAGCAGGCGGACUGUCUCCGUCUGAUCGAGGUGGAGGACAUGAUGGACAUGGGGGACAAGCCGGACCCCAUGUGUGUGUUUACGUACGUCCAGUCCCUCUACAGCCACCUGAAGACGUUUGAAUGACUCUGUAUCAGAGAAGACGUUUUUAACCACAGUGUGUUGUGAACACUUGGAUAUAAGUUGAAAACCAGCCAAUGAUAAUAGGAAAAACUGUUAAAUCACAUGUGAAGAGUUUUAUACUGUAUGUGCGUGUGUGUGUGUGUGUGUGUGUGGUCACCAGUUUCCCCUGUAGUAUUGGUAGAUAAAUACUGAGUUAUUAAAGUGUAGUGUCUUA